UGAGUGUCGGACCGAACCAACUUGGACUUGGCAAUCAACGCCACCUAUUCGAGCAUCGUUGUCAUGGACCAAGAAUCCUUCAGAAAGCUCUUGCAAACCUCCAAAGCGUCGGGCACUCCGACGUCAAGAGGAUCGCUGCUCGCUUCCACCAGUAAAUCGAAGAGCAAGACGGUAGACUCAUCCCAGCCCGCGUUCAAGCCGCGCACCGUCAAGAAGAAAUCACAGACGGACCAGGCGUACCGCGACCGCGCAGCGGAGCGGCGGAAAGGGCUCGACAACGAUUACGCGCAGGUGGAGGCCCUCGCAGAGGACUUUGAGAAGCGGACGGCGGACAAUGCUGACCGCGCGGCAGUAGAAGAGCAACGGCGGUAUCUGGGCGGGGACAGCGAUCAUACCGUGCUGGUGAAGGGCCUCGAUCUUGCGCUGCUAGAACAGAAUAGGGCGCGGCUGGCGGCGUCGACUGCGGCGGAGGACGACGCGUCGUUGGAGCUGGCGUUCCGAGAGGUCGCGUCCACCGCUCCGCGUAAGCGCACCCGGGAGGAGAUUGUACAGGAGUUGAAGGCGAAGCGAGCCAAGACUUCGGGCGAGGAAAAGCCUACAGCAGUGGACCCUGCGCUCGAGGAGGCGAAGAAGGCCGGAAAGUUCAGACCGAUUGGUUUUAAGCCUAUCGGGGGUGGUACAGAUGAGAAGCCGAAGAAGAGGAAGAAAGUGAAGGCUAAGACAGGGGGCCAGGAGGGCGAAUUGUCGCAGAAGAAAGUCAAGUCUGACGCGGGUGUUGAAAAGCCACCAUCCGAGCCAGUGACCGCCCCCGAGGCGGGCCCCUCUACUGUGGCUGAGGCUCCUGCGCCCCCUCCUAAAGCAAAGCCAAUACUCGAGCCGGAGCCUGUCGACGUCGAUGUCGACAUCUUCGCAGAUGCAGGGGACUAUACAGGUGUAGACUUGGGCGAUGACGACGAAAGUGAGAACGAACAUGCAGGCAGAGAACGGGAGGAAGGUGAGGAGGAGGAAGCUCCGCCACCACCGAGGCGGCGGUGGGUCGCAUUGGACGAUGAGCAGCCAGAGGAGCGUGCAGGCUCGCCAGGUGUUGAGCUUACGGAGGCUAGUCCGCCUGUCGAGACUCAACGCACGCCGGUGGCUGCGGCAGUGCCGUCGGAUCACGAAGAGGAAGAGGAGGAAAGGCCUGUACGCUUACAACCUCUUGCGUCCUCGGCGAUCCCGUCUAUACGGGAACUACUUGAAAUGGACGCUUCCUCGGGUAAGGGGAAGCGCGGAGGGAAGAAAGGGAAAAAGAAGGACAAGAACGGUGGGGGAGAGGGCGGCGUUGACAAGAACAAGAUUGACAGGGAUUACCAACGACUGAAGGCGUACACGGACAAGAAGGGUGCUGGAAGCGGCUCAUAGCUGGAAACGUUGUGCUUCUGUCGUAUUCGGUACUGUACAUGCGGAUGUCAAACACACUGUCUUCACGAAGCCUUCGCUUUGCCGAUGUUGGCGGACAGGCUAUCUAUUAUGCUGCUGGUCCCGGGCAAUAUGGGGAUCCAUUCUGCGCGGGGGCAAGUACAUCGCGUAAAACUCCCAUCUCACGAAUCGUCAGAAUGUUCUUUCCGGUUUCGUCCUUAGACGUUACGUAUCGGUAGUCUAGUAUGUUACAGAUGUCUUGCGUAUACAGGCUGUCAUUCGCAUCUAUCAUACAUAGUGAACAAGUGGUGAGCGCUAUAAUACAGUAGUGAUUUCGGAAUUACGCCUCCUUCAGCUUCGACCGCUGCUCUAUUGCGCGCCCAUUAUUCACGAACCUCGACAACACCUCGACCAUGGGCCGUCUACAGUCCUUGGAGUUGAACUGGUUCGAAUGGUCCAGGU